GUGCUGCUAAGGAAGCCGGAUCUGGUUUGCUUCUCCGUGAAUAUGCCAAAAGCAGCAAAGAGCAAAGGAGGUGGGCAGGAGAAGAAAGUUGUGCAUCCGUACAGCAGAAAAGCUGCUCAACUUACAAAAGAAGCACAUAAAAAAGACAGAAAAGAAAAGUUGAAAAAUGAAAAGGCCUUUCGUCUCAGCAUUAUAGGUGAAAAAUUGCUUUGGUUUCAAAGCCACCUUGAUCCCAACCUAGUGGAAUACACCAAAAAAGAAGCCUGUGAACUAGUUGAAAAUUAUUUGCAGCGAUUCAGUGAUGAGUUGGAACAGAUUGAACUGCGUAAUAGCAUUAAAGGAAGACAGGCAAGACAGCACAGUUCGAGGGAAUCGGUCAUCAAACAGACUAUGGAACGUGAAAGGCAGCAGUACGAAGGCCACGGGCUCGAUAUCCCUGACAUUGUGAACAGUAAGCACCUUAAAACUUUCAGAGACUGGGAUGGUGAUCUGAAGAAACUUCCAAACAUUAAAAUGAAAAAGAUUUCCAGUAAAGAUGCCCUUAGUGGUAAGAUGGAGAAGGCAACCACUGAAGCGGAAGAGGAAUGGUGUGCAGCAAAGAACAUGGACUGAUGAGCACCUGACUCUUUGGGGGAUGAAAGGUGAAGCAGAUUGCCGAGCUACCAUUUUAAUUCUAAAUGGGAGCAAGACCAAACCUAUUUUUUUUUUCAAAUGUGAGAAGACAGACCUCUGGCUAUGUGCUGUAACUUGGCCUUUGGUUUAUGAGCAGCUGUGAGAUGCUGGUACAUGUUGUGUUUUUGUGAGAUGCUGGUACAUGUCAUGUGGUUGCCUUUUGGAAACCACUUUAAAACGUUUAACAUUCAUAAAGAUAAUGCCGAAUCUCCUAAGGAGGAAACUAGAUGUUACAGUAUCAUAACCUGAUAAUGAUAAUGCUAAAUUCCUUGAAAUCAGCAAGGGCGGAGGAUUUCAGCAACAACAGGAAAGAGUUGUACCCCCUCCCUACACAUCUGUUGCCAUAAUGUCUAAUUUGGUCCUAAUUAAUCUAUUUUUAACCUUACACUUUCUGUUUUUCAAUAGGACACACUUCAGUAGGAUUAGGAGAAUCUUUCCCGACCUGGCAUCCUCUAAAUGUGUUAAGACUGCAACUCCCAUAAUUCAAUGCCCGUGCUCACUGGGAAUUAUGGGAGUUGCAGUCCAAUACAUCUGGAGGGCACUAGGUUGGGUAAGGCAGGUGUAGGGGGAUGAAGUAGCACCAUCAGGACAAUAGGAUGUAUGCUGUGGCAGUGCAUAGUACAUUCUUAAGGCUGCCAGUACUAUUGCGGCUGUCUCCUUUCACUCCACAUCCCUUUACACUCCAUCUGGUUCCUCUUUCUCUUUUAGAGGAAGUCUCUGCAAUAUAUUUGACUAUCUUUCCAAGACAGGUGGCUAAAAAUUGUGGAUGACAGCUUCUUCCAUCUUUCCUUCCUUAAAUACCCCUUAGAUGCCAAGAUGGUCCUAGUGGCGUGAAGCUAGUGGGAAUGCACUAGUUGUUAGCCACUUGCUCACAUACGUUUGUCAACUUUUAGUAAGCUCUGGCUUCCUUUCCUCUCUCUGGGAAGGUAGGUGGUGAAGAAGAGAAUGCUAAAACUAAUCUUGUUUAACUGGAAUAACAUGGAUAUAUGCAGGUCUAGAAAGAGCAUGAAAUGCCAUUUCAGCACUAUUAUUAUUCUGGAAUGCACCAUACUUCAAUUACAUACCAGCUUAAAUAUUAAUUUGCUACAACAGAAAUAUUUUCUGCCAUUCAGAAUUAGUUCCACUGGCAAGCAAUCUCCCCUGCUUCCAAUUUAAAAUGGGAUUCUAAAGACAAAACAUUUUCCCCAUGCUGUUAUGAUUUUAUAAUAAGAGCAAUGUGGUGAUGUUUAGCCAAGGAAGGACACUCUAUGGAAUGACUUGACACUACAUCUUUGACAAGAAUUUGGAAAGCUAAUGAAGGAAAAUGGGUAAGAACAAUUAUAGAUAAUUUUCUUAGUGAAAAGAAGAAAGGCAGACAGUGUCCUUGACUCACCUAGCCUGUUCGUACACAAGAUGGACAGCAUCAGAAAAUGUGGAAAUAGCUUUCUUGGAAACAGUGGUACACAUACAAGUUUUGUAAUGUUGAGAUGAAGACUAUUUUAUUAUUCCUUAAGAAAGUCCAUUAAAAUCAAAGAUGUUGUGAAAAUAUAUUUAUAUGCUUAAAGUUUAACCCUGACGAGUUCAGUUAUUCUUGGGAUAAUGUGUUAAAUCAUUAUUUAUUUUUUAUUCUCAUUCUGUAGUCUCCUGCAAAUAAAUGCUUCCUGAGUUCAGUGA